AUGCGGGCUUGUCUAAGCCAGCCCGCGCCACCAUUCGGGAAGGUAGGCUCAUCAUCUAGACCUGACAAUAAUUGCGGAGCUCGAGUAGGGGAACUUCAGACUGGAAACCCCCACCAAUUGGUAUGUAACCAUAUGUUUCAUGUUACCGUGGCGCUAAGCACAGCGGAAGGAAGGGUCCGCACAAAUUUGACAAACAGCGGUUAUAGUGUCUAUCCCUCUUGUCACGGAGGAAGGGAAUGGUUUCGAUUUCCCGGAACCGGACUACAGAGUUUGGCAGACAGAGUCAGAGCCGUAUUAAAUGAUGCAGGUUUUUUGGCUACGAGAAGUGACUGGGUUGAAUCAUCCAUUAAUCCGAGUCUUUCUCCAAAUCAAUCCCCGCAGUUCGUUUACAACUCAAAGUGGCGACAAGUUCCCUGCAAAGGAGAUGAAUUACAGCACAUUACAUAUAACUGUAAAUGA